UCCUGGGAUUCCAAUCACAGCGACACCUCCCCGUCCAGCAAAGCGCAACUUGCAUAGCAUGAACAACAGACAGCACAAAUUGUAUCUUCGACAGCGUAAUCCAUAUCGUCGUCUCCCUGUAGAUGAGGGUCUCAGCGACGCCGCUCAAACGCUGACAGUGACGCCCUUCGAUCCUGUGUUGAGGUUAAUCGACCGACAGAGUCAGCAACGAGGAAUGAUUUAAAAAAGUCAAGGUGAACAGCUAUUCAUUCCGUUGACGAAAAGUGACUAACAAAGGCGAACAUGACCCUACCCACGGUUCUUCAAUCUCCCACGUCAUUUAGACCAGUGCCGCGAGUUCAAUCGAACUCGCUCUAUACGACUAUCUUCCGCAACGAGCCGGGCUUGCCAGGAUUCAACGUACUCGACGAGGGAGAGAUACCAAGUCACUACGAAAUGGGCUAUUGUAUGUCGCGGUCAGAGGGAGAAGCGAAGGAAAGGAGCGAUGCUAUCGACAUGCAGCUGCAAAAGGACGCUCAACGGUUCAGGCGCGAAUGCAAGAUUCUUUUACUUGGUCCUGGCGACUCAGGAAAAUCAACAAUUGUGAAGCAAAUGCGCAUCAUUCACAAAGACGGCUUCUCCGAUUCCGAGCUGGCGAUGUAUGCACCCAUCGUGUACCGAAACCUGCUCGACUCUGCUCAAGCGAUUAUUGUUAUGAUGAGGAAGCUCACACUCGACUGCGAAACCUCUUCGAAUAGGGCUUUGGCGGACAAGAUUGCCGACUACGAACUCGACAAGAGCAAUUCACCUGUUCUCAGUUCCGAAAUUGCCGAAGCGAUACAUUAUUUCUGGCAGGACCCUGUGGUUGCCAAGAUUAUGGAUGAGCAUGGAAGUGAAUUCUAUUUAAUGGAUAGCGCGUUCUACUUUUUUUCUGAAGUACUUAGAAUCGGUUCUCCACAAUACAUUCCCAACGAAACGGACGUGCUGAGGGCACGACAGAGGACCACUACCAUUUCCGAGACCCGCUUUACGAUGGGCCAACUAUCAAUUCACAUGUUCGACGUUGGCGGGCAACGAUCUGAACGUCGAAAGUGGAUUCACUGCUUCGAAUCCGUCACUAGCAUCAUUUUUUGUGCCGCAUUGAGCGAGUACGACCAGGCUGAUUUUGAAGUCAUGGGUAAAAGUCGAAUGAGCGAAACCCUCAUUCUCUUUGAAUCCAUCGUCAACGCGCGCUGGUUUCUUCGAACAUCAAUCAUCCUCUUCCUGAACAAGAUAGAUGUUUUCAAGCAAAAAUUGCCAAAGGUGCCGUUGGAGAGAUAUUUUCCCGAGUACACUGGAGGCAACGAUGUCCACAAGGCAGCGAAGUUUAUUCUAUGGAGGUUUAUGCAAGCAAAUAGGGCCAGGCUUAGUGUCUAUCCCCAUCUCACUCAAGCGACCGAUACGUCAAACAUCAGACUGGUGUUUAGCGCUGUAAAGGAAACGAUUUUGCAGAACGCGUUAAAAGAUGCGAAUAUCAUUAAAACUAAAGUUCUGUGAUCGAAUUCUGCGCUCGUCAGGGGAAGAAGGGUCGGGUGUUGAGACGAAGAGUCGGAGAUUCGUUAAAGUUCUCCCCGUGAUGAGGCUUUUGGACCGAAGAUAUGGUUCGCGAUGGGCGAUUACUUUGACUCUUGAGAGACUCUGCUCUCCCUCCGGCUACGAGCCUGGCUGAACACGACGCAACUGCGCAGCAGGCACGAGUCACGACCCGCCAGCCGCAUCUGGUCGUCACACUGUCCACCUGGUCGCUGUUCGACGUUGUCCCACCGUGGAAGCAAGCUGUUUACCGAGCUCGCCUCGCACAGCCCUUCUACAAUUUGAGGAUCCUGCGAGUUCUUUACGUGGUGCCUGGUAAACAGUAGUGACUGUCGCCGAUUCCCUUUUUUGUAUAUGUAGGACUUUGUGCUGUGGCUGAUAAGCCGAGUUUGCAUGCACCAUUCUUGCCCAAGAUCGCUCGAACGCCUCAUGGCUCUUCUACUAUCGUUAGGCCUACGAGCCUGC